AUGGCUCGCACCAAGCAGACCGCUCGCAAGUCCACCGGUGGCAAGGCCCCCCGCAAGCAGCUCGCUGCCAAGUCCCAGGCGCGCAAGACCGCCGCCGCGGCGACUGGCGGUGUCAAGAAGCCCCAUCGCUUCCGGCCUGGUACCGUCGCCCUCCGCGAGAUCCGGCGGUACCAGAAGUCGACGGAGCUCCUCAUCCGCAAGCUCCCCUUCCAACGUCUUGUGCGCGAAAUCGCGCAGGACUUCAAGACCGACCUGCGCUUCCAGUCGUCCGCCGUCAUGGCCCUCCAGGAGGCCUCCGAAGCCUACCUCGUCUCGCUCUUCGAGGACACCAACCUCGCCGCGAUCCACGCCAAGCGCGUCACCAUCCAGCCCAAGGACCUCGCGCUCGCCCGCCGGUUGCGCGGUGAGCGCACGUGA